UACCUAUGUAACCGACCUAGGUACCAUCAAAAUACGAUCAUCACACCAGGCCUUCAGGCUUUUUAGCAAGUGCAAUCUUCCCGCAUACCAGACAAUCACCGCGAGGAUUUCCGAACCUCGUCAGCCGAACAUCAUCAGGUUCCACAUGCUUGUGUUGUUCCUGCAUGUGCAAGCUCUACCACUACUGUAAUGUCAUGUUGGCAUAGCUAUUGAUUUCACUAUCGAUUUUAUUAUCUUAUUCUUGUUAGUGUCAAUUGUGCUAUUGGCAUCCUAUCGUCGCGUAUGUUAGCGUUUGGUCCGAUUCUUAUCUACAUUGCCUACCUUGCCUACCUUGGGUAAAGAAAAAAAAAAGUAUUCGCAACCAUGUCGUUCGAUGGUUCUUAUUCCGCAACAUUGAGUCCGUCAGUGUCUGAGAGCUUCGGAUCCCACGUUCUGUCCAACUCAAUAUCGUCCUUGGCAUCCUCAGCAACAUCUCGUCCAUCAUCAAACAAUAUUUCCAAGACCUACCGACAGGCUUCGCAAUUAUUCUUAACGCGUCGACUUCCCGAAGCCUUGUCAACGGUCUUGCCCUUGAUCACCCCAUCCACCGAAAGCUCCAACGUAAAUGGAUCGACUGAACCCGCACCCGUUGCUCGAGCUUCAAGAUCCACAAGGAUAAAGGUAUGGAGUCUUUAUCUGACGAUUCUCAAUGCGGUAUUGGAGCUGGAUGCCGACGAAGGAAAAGAUGCCUUUGGCGCUCAGGAAUGGCGUGCUAUAUGUAAGAAGGUACGGGAUAGCGAUAUCUGGGAAGAAGUGGUGCAGUUCGGAUAUCAUGGCGUCGAAGGGGAGGUAGAUUCCGAUGUUGUUAUAAAUCUGGCGACUCUUUUGCUUGCACAUGCGAAAUCACAGGCAGUCAACCAGAAGCGACUAGAGAAUUACCUAGCCUCAUCAAGUACCCCAAACCUUGAUAUAUCUAAACAGCUUGAGGCAACUAGAUCUCCGCGGUUGACAUCACGAAGUCGAAGGUCCCAUUCUAAGAGUGGUGCUGACACUCCUCGCGAUCUCAACGCCAGAGUUAAGAUUCUCGAACUGUACACCCUCCACGUCUUGUUACGCAAUAACGAAUGGGACUACGCCAGAGAGUUUAUUAGCUCUAGCGCAGUACUAGACGACGAGCGAAGGGAUGCUUUCUUACAGGCUCUUCAAAGUUUACAGGAAGAGCAGCAGGAAUCAGAACGGAAAGAACGCGAAGAGAAGCAAAAGCAGGAGGAACAGCUGCAAAAGGAUAUCGAAGAGGCUAGGAAAUUGAGAGCGGAGAAUGAAGCAAGAGAACGACGUCGAAUAAACGAAGAAAGAGCCAAACGAGAAGGCACUGAAGUCGACUAUGGCAUCGAAAACACUCCAAGUACUUCAGGGGCGAGGAACAAAGCUCGGAGCGGUUCUAAUGGCUCUGCAUUAUCAAGGUCAUCUAAAUCAUCCAAGCCAUCCGCCCCUAAGGAGAAGAAGGCUGUAGCGCGGCCAGGUCUUGGUGCUCGAGCUAUAAUGAUCCUAUCAAAUCUUCGUAACAUCAUCGAGCAGAUGAGCGCUACGUUUAAAGCAAACCCGGUAUUGCUUAUGAGGCUGCUAGCCUUUGUCAUUGGUGUAAUUGUUAUGUUUGGUAGGAAGGGUGUUCGCGAGCGGGUUCGGCAGAUUCUUGGUACGGGCUGGAAUAAGGUGAGAUCAACCGCUGGUAUGGGUGUUAAGGUGAGCUACAUCUAAUUAAUGGGUUUAUAAUAUGGCUUUUUGUAUAUCAUCCCCUUUUAGUACCUAAGGUAAUAAUCACUCGGGAAUACCGGAUAGUAUCCUGAACGAAGUAUGUCGUAUACGUUUCAAAGUUUUUAACGAGAAUCGGGUUAUAUUGGUAGGUAAUAUGUUGGGU